CAGAGGAUUGCGCCACCUUCAUCAUCUCCUUUUUCAGAAGCUCUCCUUGAGGUCCUUCCGGAAUGGAGGUUCAAUGGCGGAGAACGGAGAUGGCACGGAUGUAAUUUCAGCAAAAAGGGGGCAGACGCUAGGAGUCGGAAAUUCGUGUUGAACGCUGUAAGUCGCCUCUCUCGCCUGAAAUUUUGUUAUUUAUCCAAGUUCAGUUUGAGAAUUUUGGGGGGGGGGGGGGGGGGGGGGGGGGUGUUAGGGUUUUUCGGGAUUGUUGUAUGGAGGAGAAAUGCCAGGCUUUCCAAGAGAGUUUUUGAAUCAAAACAUCAUGAAGAAGAGAGUGAAGAAGCAGAGAUCAGGCGAGGAACGUUGUUGUGUUGAAUCGAGCCGAAAAGUUCGACUGAUUGUGAGUGAUCCCUACGCCACUGACUCUGAGAGUGAGGAUGAGGAUGGGAUUCAGAGAGUUAAGCGUGUGGUUAGGGAGAUAAUUAUUCCGGCGGCUCCUGCUCUGCAGCAUCGUUCAGAUGGAGGGGGAAAUGGUUGUAAAAUUGGAGAGAAUCAGAAGGCGGCGAGAUCGUUGUCGUCCAUUUACAGGGGAGUUCGUAGAAGGAAGUGGGGUAAAUAUGCCGCAGAGAUUCGGGACCCUAUUCAAGGGAAGAGAGUUUGGCUUGGGACUUACAACACCCCAGAGGAGGCUGCCGGUGCUUACGAAAAGAAGAAGCUUGAAUUUGAAGAGAUGCUUUUGUGGGAGAGGAGUAAGAACUUGAAUUCGUCGAGUUGUGGUUCGGAGGUGAUCAGUGGUGUGGAUUCUCAUCCAUCUCCAUCUUCUGUUCUUGAUAUGUCCACAACAUCCAUGGUUAAGAGAAUUGGCCACUCCGUUAAGGAAGAAAGCAAUUCAAUGAGAUUUGUUCAGGCACCGGCCUACUCGAUAAAGGAGGUAGCAACUGCACUGAAAACCGUGCAGGAAGAGCCAUCCUCUGUUGCAUUCUUCGAAGAUCAAACCAUCUCGGCCUCAUUUCAUGAGGGUUUCAGGUUAGGCAACUACUUGACAGAGAUCAAUGAUUUGCAAGAGCAACCGGCUUUGGAAUCCUUGGGGAAUUCAUCAAUUUCACAACCCAUCAUUGGGAAUCACAACGCUAGCACUGAGAAUCAUAAUUCACUAUUUGGUGAUGAGGUGGGACAGUUUUUCAAUCGUUUAGAUGGAUUCGACAUGGGCUUUCUAGGAUGCGAGCACAGGAAUGGAGAGGGAGGUGAUCUUCCCAACAUGGACUUUGAGCUGAGCAAAGAAGAGCUUGCUUGGAUUGAUGAGGCCUUGAAUAUCAACUAUGCAUAAAUUUUGCAGGCAGCAAACAUUAGUUGCCAGUAAAUUUGCCAUCUAAUUGAGGGUUCUUGCAAUUUUGGGAGGUUGAAUUAUAGAGUUCUUGGGUUUUCUUUGUGCUUGUUGAGCCGUCCAAGAGUUUUGCCUCUUUAUAAUAAGGGUAGCUAAUGCUAUUAUUGGAGAAACUUUUGAAGUUGGUUUUGAGCUUCUAUUUAGAGAUUCUAAAUGUUCUAAACACGACUCCUCUAUGAACUCUAAUCUUGUAUGUUUUCUGCAUUA